AGAAGACGUAGGAAAGAAGAUUCUCUUGUAUAAAAAUAAACGUGGCAGCCCCACUUGCUUUCAAAAACAUGCUCUCAAGCAGUGUGGGUCCUGCUAUGAUGACCAUCCCAGAAGCUGAGCUUGGAUGAGGCCGGUGCAUUAUGUACAGUGUAGAAGACCUCCUGAUUUCUCAUGGAUACAAGCUGUCAAGAGAUCUUCCGGCACCACGUGAGGGGCGCAAUGAGGGGCGCCAGCCAGAGAGGACAAGAGCGAGAGUAGGCCAUGGCCUGCUGAACGGGUGUGAGGAUGGCCCUGCAGCCCUCCCACACAGUAAGGGGUCCCUGGGGACAGGACGUAUGAGUGAUUCUGAAAAUGACCGCCAUGCACUGAGAGCCGGUGGAGAGCCCCAGUGUGCCUCUGCUGCAAGGAUGUCUGAGGAAGGGUUUUAUCAUCACCCCAUGCUGGCAUGGUCCUCUCAGCACCAGAGUGGUCAUAAGCACGUCUAUUGGAGAAGAGGACAGGAGGUCAGUGGCUUGCUGGGUCCGAGAGACCGAGAAGACCUGGAGGUCAGAGGAGUGGCCCAAGCCCUCAAUCUGCCCAUCCACACGAGGGAGGGCCCAUGGGAAGUUGGAGGAAGGACAGAGAAUGUGAUGAAGAAGGUGGUUUGGGAGGAAGAGUUGAGAACGGCAGGUCCUGCCAAGUGGCGGAAUGUGAACCUGGAAAGCUGGAACCAGCCAAGGAAGUUAGGAAGGCAGAUGUCUGAUGGUGACAGGGAGAAACUGUUUCAAGAUCUGAACCCAUUUAUGGGAGGAGAACACGUGUUGAAUUCCCAAAGCAAAGGGAAAUCCCGGUCUUUGCCUAGAGUUCUCUCCCCCAAGAGCCUGAGUUGCAUGGAAAUUCCGUUCAGUGAUGGGCAUUUAUCAGGUGUCCCUAAAAUGCCAUUUUACCCUCCAGAUUAUGCACCAAAUUUGGAAUCCACAAGGAACCCUGAGAAGGGUGGCUCCUUGGUCCCUUUACUGUGGCCAAAAUUUGGGAGACCCCUCAAGCCUCCAUCCUAUGACUCCUACCAACACUCCAGGGGAGGAGUGGAAAAUAGCGACGAUCUGGAGAGCCAACAGACAGAUCUGAGUGUUUCCUACAUGCCCAAGACUAGCGACUCCAGGCAGGAGGUCGGCCUGCCCGACUCUGGUUUGGAGCCUCCAGUGUACGUGCCUCCACCAUCGUACAGGUCACCACCCCAGCACAUCAUCACAAACCCCUACUUGGAGGAUGCGGCCCCCAGGCAUGUGUGUGAUGGUCGCUGUCAUCCGGUUGAGGAGGCUGCUGCCAGCUGCCAGCUUCCUUCUGGUUCCCUUGGGACUGGAAAUGAAUGUGGUGUAGGCCCACUCACUCCUCAAAAGUUCCCGCAUCAGCCCCAUCGCAUCACUGCUUACGACGGCUCUGUUGAGUAUAUUCCCUUUGAUGACCCACGGAUCCGACAUAUUAAACUGGCCCAACCCCAGGGCUUCUGUGAAGAAACAAAGGUGGAUGAGAAAUUGUACAACUCUGUUCCAGUCUCUGUCCCAGAGCCAGCUCAUGGAAACAUGCACCAUGAUGGUGCUGUUUUGAACCCACAGAGCAUCAUGCCCCCGUCAGGGAGUGAGAAAGGCCCUACCCUUGUGGAUCUCAGCCCCCGGUGGCUGUGGGGCCAGAUCCCCAGGGAUGGAGAAAAUGGUGGCUUUCCUGACCAGAGAGACCACUGUGUUAUGAGAGGACAGUGGCCUGAUGUGAGAGGCAGCCAGCAUGGACAAACAGGAAGCCAAGUCCCCUCCCCAAACCCACAGGGAGAGAGUACCUGUGAAACCCAAACCAAGCUCAAAAAGUUUGAAACUGGGAUUCAGACCAAGAAAAGUUCAAAGAAAAAAAUGAACGAGACGAUAUUUUGUUUGGUUUCCAUCCCAGUGAAAUCAGAAUCACAUCUGCCAGAUACAGAUACGAACAACAAUGACUUAAAACAGAAUGCUGAUAAGAAGCAUGGGCCUGAUAAGGGCCCGGCUCUGCAAGAACAAAGUCUGCUGAGCAUGUCUUCCACCGACCUGGAGCUGCAAGCUCUCACAGGAAGCAUGGCUGGGAGAACAGAGUUCCAAAAACAAGAUCUGGGGAAACCAGAAGAAGACAAACAAACAGAUGACCUCAGAUUCAUUCACCCCAUGAAACACAGAGUACUCCAGCAUUCUGGCUCGUGGCCAGGGCACCAGUACAAAGAUAAGCAAACACAAACCACUUUCACAGAAGAAUCCAAAAGCCUGCAGCCCCCCACUGCUGAGAAGUUGGGAGAGUCACCUAAUGCAGUGCUGACUCCAAAAUUUCUAGACCCUACUGCCUCCGAAGCUCAGAUGCACAUGGCAUUAGAUUCCAGUGACCAAAACCAGAGGCCAAACGUUCAUCACCUAAAAGGUCAAGUGUCCCUCAACCCUUCUAGCUACAGUGCUUUUUCAAGGACUUCCUUAUUCACAAACCAGGCCCCUGUGCCAAAAGUGGGCCAGAGCCAGCCCUGCGUGGAUGACUGUGGACGUGGAGCCAGCCGUGUGCCCAGAGGAGAGGUAGUGAAGGGGGCAACCACAGGUCCAUGCAAUAGUCAACAGCUGUUUGGUCAGUUUCUUUUAAAACCAGUUAGCCGCCGUCCUUGGGAUUUGAUAAGUCAGUUAGAAAGUUUUAAUAAGGAGCUUCAGGAAGAGGAAGAGAGCAGUCACAGCAGCAGUGGCAGUGAGAGCAGUGAGACAGAAUGGCAGCCAGAGGGCCAUCCUGCCUGCACACUCAGGAAUUUGGGCUUCAGUGAAGACAGCCAGGAAAGGAGAGCGGAGGAACCUCCAAGGAGGCUGGUGCCACAGGAGCCUGUGUUUAGGUCAGGAAGAGUUAAGAGUAAGUCUGAGAGUUGGAGUGAGGAGCAGAAGCCUACCACCAGCCACCAGGGUGCUUGUCCUCAGUGCCCGGGCCCCUCACAAGUGGAGGGCAGCAGAGGGGAAGUGUUGCUGUCAACACAGGGAAGCUUGAUUACAGAGAGGAGAAACCAGGAGAUUGGGAAAAGAAUAAAAGAUCUAGCAGUCAGCCCAGGUCCUGUGAAAAGAAUCACAUCUUCUAGGUCAAAUGACAUUGUGUCUUCAUCUGAUUUAGCUGAACUGAGGGAGCCCCAGGAAAGGCAGGAACACCCUGGUGUUUUAAAGUCUGUGGAGUGGAGCAAAGCAGAACCCCCCAAGCCUGGUGGUGGGGAGGAGAGGAGCACGGUGGUCCCACUCUCUCUUGCCAGCAAACCUCUCCAACUCUCAGUACCAGAUUUGAGGUCCGUGGGGCUGACCCCGGCACAAGAAUGGAGUGCCAGUAAAUUAGAUGGGUGUUCAGGUGACACGAGUACAAUAGAAAUCUCUCCAAAUGAGUCCCUUCAAGUGAGGGCUGCAAGGAUCCUGGGCAUCGAAGUGGCUAUGGAGUCCCUGCUGCCGGUCGCCAGGAGAACAGGACAUAACCAGCCCCCUGAGCCUGAUGGCAGUGCUCGCAGGUUGGUGUCACCUAGGGAGGAACCAGUGUCCUGUCCAGCACAGCCAAAUGACCCCACAAUGUCCACUGAUGCCUUUUAUGGCAGGAGAAAGUGUGGCUGGACCAAAAGCCCUCUGUUCGUAGGGGAAAGGGACAGUGCCCCACAGGCUGCAUGGACUUCUGAGAGCUCAUGUGUGGACAGGGCUGUCCCCAGCAAGCCUGCUGACCCUGAGUCUCAGCCCAGUGACCUGGAGUCCAAGCCCUUAAAUCACAAGGACAUGGGGACAGAAGCACCCUUCAGGUCCACUUUGUUCCAUUUUAUAGAAAGGACUCCAAGUGUGGCAGGCUCAGAAAAGAGGCUCAGAAGUACUUCCAGAGUGAUUGAAAGUUUACAAGAGAAACUGGCAUCCCCCCCCCGGAGAGCUGACCCUGACCGCUUGAUGAGGAUGAAAGAGGUGAGCUCCAUGUCUCGGAUGAGGCUCCUGAGCUCCCGGAGUGCUGACCCCAUGGAGGAACUGAAGGCGGAGGAACUGAAGGCUGAGAGGGGUCCAGGGACUCAGACGAGAGGCCUGGUGUCUCUGAUCACUGGGGACCUGGCCCAGAAGGUGGGAAAUACAUUCUCGGUCUCCAAGGGCGCCCUCUCACUGGAAGAAAAUGGGCAUCUGGCAGCAGGAAGAGAGAAGAGCUUGGAUCAGGACUUUUGGUGCCCAGAUUCAUAUGACCCUAGCAGAGUGGAGCGGGUGUGACGAGAUGCCAGGGAAGUGCACCCACUGUGUUUGCGAAUUAAGCCUUCUGUGAUACUGUCAGCCAGUUCACCCCUGCAUCAGCUGGAAACUGCUGGCGUUAGGCCCUGUGACAUCCUUACCACCGCUAUGAGGAGACUCGACACGCCUACAGAAUCACUUUGUGGAAGUAAAGGAGUAGUCCUUUGAAACCGUCUGUUUUUAUAAAUGAAGAGUUAAUAUCUAUAUUUAGAAAAGAGUCACAUGGACUCUCCUGCGUGAUGGAUUUAGCCAAGCUGGUAAAAUGUAAAAUGUUUGGUGUUAACCUGGUUCUGUGACAAUUUGAACAUGGACAAUAGAGUGAAUGAUUUUUGAAA